UAAUUAUUUAAAUACUUUUCAAAGUUAGAGAAAUAUCAUUUUAUGUAGUUAUAUAAUAAUACUAAAUCAAGUUGCCACGGAUUAUUGAAUAUGGAUACACUAAUGUUUAUUUUUAAUUACAUAUACUUUUACUGACAAUCACAAUAAAUUGUGAAAAAAAUAUUUUGAUACAUUGAUUUUUUGCAUACAAUCAAAUUACAAUGACGGUAAAAAAGUUCUUUCGUCGGUUGGCAAGGGCCUUCACAUGUUGUGUCUCCAAAAAAGAGCGUUAUAUAAAUGGUAAAGUAUCGCAGUUUAGUCUAGCCCAUGUAUUAUUUUAAUGAAAUUUAUCUUAACACAAUAGACAACAAAAAUUCUCUCGGUAUCUAGUGUUUUAACACGUACAGAGAAUUAUUUAUUUAUUUGAAUAUGUAAAUGUAGUGUAGAUUUAUUAUUCAGUAUUAAAAAAUUCAUUUAUGAUUUUUUUCUAAAUUAACUAUAAUUAGACUAAUUAUUGUUGAGUGGAUAAAUAUUUUUGCAAUUUCAUGUAUUAUUAAUUAGAAAGCACGGACUGUUACUUAAGUCCAGUUAGUAGACAUGAUAUUCAGGAUUCAGGAACUCAAACAAUUACGAUUUUAGAAAAUGUGUCUAAUGAAAAGCUAAAUAUUGUUGACAACAACCUUAACAAGACUCUUGAAGAAUGUGAGAAGUUUAAAAAAGAGGUUCACGAACUUGGUAUGGCAGAGCCUAUAAUAGCAGAUACUGAAGGAGCAGCCAUUGUGGAAAAGAAAGACAUGAAGUGUUACUUACGUCCAGUUAAAACACGUAGAUUUAAAAAAGGUACUUUAUGCUUCUAUGGAAAAAAGAAUAAUUCUGGCACGAUAACUACAGAUGAUGGGCAAUGUUAUAAGUUCUAUAAAGAAGAUUUAAAUUUAGGUUUUGAUCGACGAUUUAAAUAUCCACAAAAAGUGAAAUUUGUUGUUGAUGAUUCAGAGCCCAAAUGGGCCUAUGAUGUAGAAAUAAUUGGAGACCCUUAUGUCCAAAGGUGCUAUUAUUGUUUAAAAGAUGAUCAUCAUGGUUUAGAAGACUGUAUGCAGUUACAAAAAGACUCUUAUAAUUUUUACUAUCCUUAUAUAUAACAUAACAUAACUGUACAAAACAAGC